AUUGCAGUAAAGAUUUGACAAUAAACAUUGGUCGGCUGGCUGAUAAAUAUUUUGCACAUUUAAUAAAUAAAAAAUGUUUAUUCAAAGUAACCCUUUAUACGCAUGUUUGAGAUAACGCAAUGGGAACUUUAAAUAUUGCUGAAUGGUCCCCGGACCAAGUCGCAGAAUGGAUGUCAGGAUUGGGACCCAAAGUGGCGCAGUAUGUGCCAGAGCUACACAAGAAAGGAUUAAAUGGCGAGAAAUUGCUGACUCUUCGAUGUGAUGACUUGGAAUAUCUCGGUAUUCACAUAAUAGGCCACCAAGAAUUGUUGUUAGAGGCAGUAGAACAUUUACGAAACUUUCACUAUGAGAUUUCAAGAGAAUGUGUGCAACAGUUAGCUCUACGAGUGUCAUCUGCAGCAGCCUCUCUAGCUCGAGCGUUACGUCAUCAUGUUGACGCUCGCUUAGAGACUCACUCUUUGGCUGAUGUUGCAAGGACUGUGCAUGCUGUUAAGCCUCUCGUUUGUUGGUUAGAUAGGUGGCCGCUGGGCUCGGGGUCACCGCUUGCAGAACGUAAGGCGGCCCUGUUGAAGCUAUCGUUGGAAGCGGCCACUUGUGCCCAGAGAGACAGGUUUGCCGAGCAACCUGCCCGAGCGGUGGCCGCGGCCGCAGCGGCAGUCGCUGCCGUCGCGGAUUAUAUCAUUCAGGACGUGUCGGACCCCACCAUCCUGCAGCCGGCGUGGCUGGGCGCCGUGUCGCUGCGCCAGGGCGAGCGCGCGCUGGGCUUCGAGGUGGUGCCGUCGUUCUGCGGACACCACCAGCUCGCGCACAUCCGGUUCGCCUCGCCUGCGCACGCCUCGGGCCUCGUGCACGAGGCCGACGAAAUCGUGCAGGUGGGCGGGAAGUGCGUGAUCGGGUGGAGCGGCGAGGCGGUGGAGCGGCUGUGCGCGCACACGGCGCGCAGCGGGCUCGACCUGCAGCUGCGACUGCGUCGCCGGGGGGCCCGCGCGCUCCCCGCGCUGCCAACCCCCCCGCUGCGGGCGCCGCGGCCCCGCGCGAGGCCACGUCUGCCGCCCCUGCACGCACAUCUCAGAUUGCACAGGUACGAGCUGGAGUUCCCCCGCGCCGAGCGCGCGCCGCCGCCCCCGCCCGCGCCCGCGCCGCGCUCCCCCUCGUCGUCCGACAGCGAGCUGUCGCCGCCCGCCUCGCCCACGCACCCCGACGCCAACAGGCUGUACCCGCCCAAGCCGGCGGCGCGGCGCGCGCGGCGACACUCCGUGUGCGGUGCCGAGCAGCCGCCGCGCCCGCCGCCCGCGCUCGAGCGGUUCUGGCGGGAGCUGCAGCAGCAGCGCUGGGCGCACGGCGGCAGCCCCGAGCCCGACGACUCCACCCUCUACCGCCGCGACAAGGCGGUGUCGUGCAGCACGGGCCUCCAGCUGUCGCCUCGGCCGCGGACCUGUCUGGGCGUCCCGCGCCCGUUGCCCGCUCCGCUGCCCGCCCCGCUCGCCGCUCCGCUCCCCGCCCCGUCGCCCACUCCUCCCCCCGCGCCCGGUCGCGGGAAACUCGACAAGAGUCACUCGACGCCGGCGUACGACUUCGAGCCGUCGUCGGAGCUCGGCCCGCUGGCGGCGCAGACCAUCCCGGAGUCCCCGACCACGCCCACCGCGGAGGGGCCGACGCUACCUCGUCUGGAGAAGGCGGGACAGAUUCUCGACUUCAAGAAGUCGAGCUCGCAGAUCGAGGAGGCGAUUCAGCAGAGAAAUCGACGAGCUAACGUCGACGACGAGAGAACGGACGCUUUCACCGACGAGGAUAUUCGACCGAUCGACGAGGACUCCAAGUUGGAAAUCGUCGAGACCGUGAACGUGGUGCUCAGCGACCGAGUCGAAGCGAGCGAGAGGACGGUGUCGAGGGAAUUCAGGAGGAUCGAAAAAAAGGAGACGAGGGCAUCGACGAAGGUUUCGGCGGACGACACGAGUAGCGACGAUCAAAUACCGAUUCCUGUCAAAUACCCCAAGCCACGAAUAACCGAACGAUACAGACCGACCGAGUUUCCCCCCGAGCCUCCCCCGCGUCCCUCGCACACGCAACGGGCGCCGCGCGAGCCCCCGCCGCCCCCGCGGGACGCGCCGCCCAGGGAGCCCCGCGAGCCCCGCGAGGCGCCGCGCUCGCUCGCGCAGCCGUCGCAGUCGCUGCAGUCGCUGCGGCCCAUCAGCAAGCGCGACAUCCAGCUGGUGGUGUCGGAGCGGCGCGCCAUGCCGGCGCUCAACGGCGCGGCCGACGCGCUGGCGGCCGACGGCGCCGCGGCCCCCGCGCCGCCCGCGCCCCUCGCGUCCCCGAGCACGACGCCGUCGCCCGCGCCGCCCGCCGCGCGCGGCAUCUUCCCCACAUCCAAGUCGCGCAGUCUCAAGAAGAAGAACUCCAUCCUGGCCAAGCGGCGCAGCGUGUCGGCGCGCUCGCUGUCGGCGCGCGGCGCGGCGGGGCGCGUGUGGCAGCGCGUGCGCGCGCGCGCCGGCCCGCAGCCGCGCUGGGCCGCGCGACACCUGCUGCUGGCGCACAACCUGCUCUACGCCUACCGCUCGCCCGAGUGCUCGCGCGCCGACUGCAUGAUCUACCUGGAGGGGUUCACGGUGUGCGCGGCGGGCGAGGUGAAGUCCCGCGCGCACGCCUUCAAGGUGUACCACACGGGCGUCGCCUUCUACUUCGCGUGCGAUACGCGCGACGCCAUGCUGGCUUGGAUACAGCUCAUCCACCGCGCCACGCUGCUGCCGUCGCUGCUGACGUCCGCGAUGGAGCUGUCGAAGCAGUUCUCGGAGACCGAUUACUCGGAGACGGAGUCGGACAACGAAACCUCCGAGAGGCGAAACGAACGCGAGAGGGAGAGGGAGAAGGAGAGGGAGAGGGAGAAGGAGAAGUCGAAAUUCGGUUCCCUGAAGAAGUUGACGCAUCGCGCCGGACGGAGCGAGUCGCAGGAGAACGUGAACCAGGCGGCAGCCACCAGCCUCGACAGGAAGUACCUGAGGUUCUUCUCGAGAGCCAGGCCCAAAGAUGACUCUAAAACUGCGAAGGGCAAGCAGUCGGGCGUGCCGGUCCCCACGGAGCACUACCGCAGCUACCGGCGCGUGACGCCCGACGCGUCCCCCGCGCCCCCCGCGCCCGCCGCGCCCGCCGCGCCCGCCGCCGCCGCGCCCCGCGCGCCCCCCGCGCCCAACAAGCUGCCCAAGCCCAUCAACUACAUACACGCCUCCAACCCGAACUUGCUGGACUUCGAGAAGAGCGACUUCGUGACUAAGCCGACCAUACAGGUGCCGAAGUCGAAAGUUCACAAGCCGGACAACUUCGUCGGCUUCGUGACGCUGGAGGAGUUCAUGCUGAAGAAGCAGGAGGAGGAGCGGAGACAGGCGCACAGCGAGCGCGCCCCACCGGGGGCCGCGGGGGCCGCGGGGGGCGCGGGCGGCGCGGGGGGCGCGCGCGAACUGCAGCGCCGCCUCGACCGCAUCGUGCCCGACGUCAUCUACGGCGAGCUGUCGCAGCGACACGAUGACGGGUACGAGCCCGUGGGGCCGCGCGCGCCGCGCCGCGUGAGCGCCGACGCGCACUGCGGGCCCGCCGCCGACGUGAGUACGCGCACUGCGGGCCGCCGGACUCGUUCCCCAGUCCGUUCGCUCAGGGCUCGCGUUUGUGUGUUGCAGGCUCGCGCCGACUGCCCGCAGACGCCGCCGACGCCGGCCGCCACCGAGAGCUCGGGCGGGGUGUCGCGCCUGCGGCUCAUGUUCGGUGCGCGACGGGACCUGCAGCGACAGGAGAGCAACCGCUCCGAGCAGUACCCGCACCUGCAGUGCCCGCCCACCUUCCAGCCGGAGACGUACUCGCUGUCCCGCCCCCCGCGCGACGCCGCUCCGCCCGCCACGCGCGCGCGCGACUGACGCGCCGCCCCCGCCGCCCCAGCCGCGCCCGCCGCGCCCGCCGCGCCGCCCUAGCGGUCUGCAGCGCGCGGGCCCCGUGCGCUCCGCGGGAGUGUGGCCGCGCCACUUGCGGCGCCGGUACCGAGUGUGUGGGAGUCGACUUGUUGUAUAUACUAUUUUUUAUAAUUUUCGAUUCAUUCGAUCGAAUAUAUUAUGUUAUGUGUAAAGAAUAAUAAAUAAUACCGGUCUCCCUCUAUACGCCUAAAACUCUCCGCCGUCUCCCCCGGUUGCCUGUUUAGUUUUUAAGUGAGUAUUGGAUUUAUUAUAAAUAUUUAAAAGUGUGCUUUCAAAAAAGUAUUUACAGUAUCAGUUAAUACCGACUGUUUUGUAUCAAAUAUGAUUAGAGAGACGAGCGCUCCGAAGUUUCGUGGAUCCAUGUAACGCUAGUUGUAGUCCGGGAGCUGGAGACACUUUUCACUCACGCGUCUGUCGCGGGAGUUCCGUCCGUGUAUUAUUUGUUAUUCUUGUUUUGUCUAUAAUUUCGUUUUAAAAUUUCUUUAUUCCUAGUAUUUUUCUACAAGUAAUUAUAAUUCAUAUUUUGUUAGUUAUCGGAUUCCAAGUUAUUGACAAAAUUAUUUAUGUACAUUAAGGUACUUUUACACUUUUGCAAACGACUUUGGGAUUCGGACAUUUUAUUUACUCCCUUCAUGAGUUAUGAAAUAUUCGUAUUUGUAGAUAUUCUAUUCGGUUUGUAGAAGAUACAUUUUGUUUCGAAUUUUAUUAGUUCGAAUAAAGACUAAUGAAAAAAAAAUUGGAAACGCACACGUAACUUUUCCGGGUACUUUUUAUUCUAAGGUUUAGAUUUAAUGACUAGGAGGUCGUCAAAACUACAAGAUUUCAAUUUGCAAUUUGUGGAAUUUCCACAGAAUAGCAUGGUUUUUUAUAUAAUAUUACUAAAAGUCUGAAUUGAAGGUUGUAAUAUAUCUGACGACGUUUUGAAAACAAUGCAACCUUUUAGUGCACGUUCACACAGACGAACAGUCUUUACCGGACCGCUAGUACUUUUGUUUGUCUGA